UUAAUGAAAGUUGACAGCAAUGGUGAUUUAACAAAAGAACAAUGGCAAGAUGUUUACGUGGCAGGCGAACAUACAAAGAUUAUUGAUAUGGAUGUAUUUGACAAUCACUGCGUGCUCUUAAUGAAACAUAAGGGUAUACCUGGUGUUACAGUUAUACCACUACAGUGUCCAUCAGAACACAAGUCAAUACAGCUUCCCGUUACUAGCUGUGUACUACUUCCAAAUGACAACCCUGAUUUCUAUUCUACAAUGUAUGACUUCACGUUGGCAUCACCGAUAUUGCCAGCUGUUAAAUAUAAAGUUGAUAUGAAAUCUAACGUAAUAAACAACACAGAUGGCGAGUCAGAAUUUUGGCUUGAUAAAGAUGAACAUUAUACUUGUCAAAGAAUAGAUGCAAUAAGCAAGGAUGGUUGUGAGAUUGGGAUGACUGUAUUCUAUCAAUCCAACCUACCACUAGAUGGCAACAAUCCUAUGUUAGUGUAUGGUUAUGGUGCUUAUGGUGAAGAUAUGAAUUUGAAUUAUAAACCUCAACAAAUGAUAUUACUUAAUAGAGGUUGGAUUAUAGUGUUUACACAUGUCAG